UCCGCUGCGUUCACAUGCGUCCCCGCGUUGCGCUGGCUGCGCCAAGAUGAGCGUGGUCGCCCCGGUACCAUCUCACCGCCUGAGUGGGAGGGAGUGAGAGAGCGCGCGAGAGAGAGAGAGAGAGAGAGAGAGAGAGAGAGAGAUUUUGUGUCUUUCCUCUCUCAAACCCAAUCUUACCUUCUCCUGGAAGAGACCGCAACGAAGCCGUUUGUUUCGGCAUCGUUCUUUUUUUUCCCACCCCUCCUCCUCCUCCCGUUCUUCCUGCAUCCCUCCCGUUAUUGUCGGUCUCCCGGUUUUCAGAGACCGGUCGUGAUUUUGUGGAGAUAAUUUUUUUGUAUAUUUUUCCCUGCUGGGUGUUGGUAGCGCGCAAUUGGUGCGCGCUUCUAAAAAUUCCGGCGAAUGGUGGAUUUGGCAAACAUGGAGACGGUGGAGAAGGAAUGCGGGGCCCUCGGUGGUCUGUUCCAGGCGAUUGUCAACGACAUGAAGUGCUCCUAUCCUGUGUGGGAGGACUUCAGCGCCAAGGCCACCAAGCUGCAUUCCCAACUCCGAACCACUGUGUUGGCUGCCGUGGCCUUCCUCGAUGCCUUUCAGAAGGUGGCAGACAUGGCUACCAACACCAGAGGUAGGAUAACAACGUGUGUGUGCGGGUUUGUAAGAAAGAAACAGCGACUUGCUCAGAGAGCCGUAAGCUCUGUGUCUUCUGUUGUUGCUUUUCUGAAAUGCCCUCCACAUUGCAGAACUAUCAAGAGUAUUAUUAUGUUGUUGAGAUAUUAUCAACCAGCCUUCUAA